UGUCGUGGGUAGCGCGCGUUAUUUUUCAUUAAACUUUAAUCAACCAUAUCUGGAAAACGAAUUAAAUGUUUAAAAAUAGUUAACUUAGUUGGCCGGCCAUGUUGUGGCUUGUGAUUGUGAGCACCUUGCUGGGCAGCGCCUUGGCUCAAAUCGUACCUCUUUCCACAUACUGCAAUCGAAUGAAAAAGUCGGCAACAAAUUGCAUGUGCGAAUCGGAAUCGAACUUAGUGGUGGUGCGGUGUACCGACGAAUAUGCCAUGCAAUUGGAACAAUCGGAUAGGGAGACGAACAUUUUUAUGAGUUAUUACGAUGUCUUUGAUCUUGACCAUUUGCCAUGCUUUAACCUUGUGCAGGUGACCAAGUUCGAGUUUGAUGCUUACAACUUUUGGAAUGAGACCUUUUGGAGUGAUUUGCAGUCGAAGUUGGGCAUUGAAUCUAUACUGGCGAUUGAAGUUCGUGAUCGACGUGUAGAUAAUGCGAGCAGAAUGGCACUAACGCAAAAGUUGACUGCUGCUGACGUCAAUAUUAGCGAUUAUAGUGGUAGCCACGAAAUUAGUAAUAGUAGCGACUCCGGCAAGAUCACUAUUGAAAUUAGCAACGUAUACGAGAAUGGCAGCAACAUCUACAGCACUAGCAACAUGUAUGGCAAUGCCAGCGAUACCUACAACGUUAGCAACAUCUACGACAAAAGCAACAAUAUUAGCAACAUCCUUAGCAACAACAACAUUAGCCAAACCAAGAAAAAAUAUAACGAUACAAAUUGUGACACUAGUUUAAACAAAACCACUUGGUUUUUUAGCUAUGUGCAGAAUCUAAGCUCCUUCACAUUUGAAAGUGACAUCUACCAACUGGAGGAGGAUAUGUUUCAAGCCUUUACAAACCUAACACAACUGGAGUUGAAACUGUCUGUAGAUUGGCUGCCCCCUCUACUAUUUGCACCCUUCGCAACCACUUUACAAGAGAUAAAUUUUGAGAAUUCGCGUUCGGUGAACUUUAGUUCGGCCCUCCUGCGGCAGAUGUGUCGGCUGGAAAAUGUUACAGUGCACCUAGGAGGAAAUGCGGCCAAGUUGCAGCCGCAAUUAUUCACCAACAUGUCGCAGCUUCGGGAAGUGCAUCUGCUAAGUGCCUCAUCGAAGGUGGAUCACCGAAUGUUCCGGGGCAGUCACAAUUUACGCAUCAUACAGAUCGUGUUUAACGACUUCCUAAAUAAACUGCCUGUGGGACUUUUCCGGGAUCAGUUUUUUUUGACCGACCUUGAUUUGCAUUCAAAUAGCUUGAGUGAGCUGCCAGUUGGACUCUUUAGUUCUCUUCAUCGUCUUCAGACUCUGGAUUUAUCCAGAAACAAGCUUUGUGCGCUAUCCAGCGAUCUUUUGAAGCCAUUGUGGUCCCUGAACAUGCUUAACGUGAACUAUAACUCUCUUAUUGCCCUGGAGUCGGCCACAUUUAGUGAGCUACGUAGUCUUAGCUUCAUAGAUAUGCGAGGUACCCAGUUUUAUGGUACGAGGCUGUCCAUGCAUUACGAGGCCCUGCUCUGCACCAAUGAUGUGAUUUGUCAGUAUAAGGCGGAGACCUGGCAAUGUGCUAGCGAUUGCAUUUGCUGGGUGGAACGAGACACUCUCGAGCUGAUUGUAGAUUGUCGCGGCAGUGCGCUGAAAGAGCUGCCAGAGUUGCCGCACACUCGACUCGUGCAGACCAUCGUAAGGGCGUCCAAUAAUAGUUUGAAGGCGCUUCCUUCAGCCAACUCGACGGGUUAUGCCAAUGUCACGGAAUUGCAUUUGGCGCACAAUCAUUUGAAGCAUUUCAAUAGCUCCAUACAGCUGCCGAUCAAUCUGACUUUUCUGGAUGUGCGUUACAAUCACAUUAACGGCUUCAGCGAUGAGUUCGUCGGUUAUUUGGAGAACAGCACUCUAAAGCUGGCUCUGGCCGGCAAUCCACUGCACUGCGACUGUAAUGCGCUUCCGCUUUUGAACUUUGUGCGCGCUCAGCCGCAACGGGUUCGCGAUAUUGGGGAGCUGCAAUGCGCCACGGGCACGGGUGCCGUAUAUAGAAAGGCUUUUCAGCAGCUAGACGUGGAUGAGAUUUGCCCGUCAUAUGUACUGCUCAUUGGUUGUAUUGUUGGCGGGUUAGUGGUGCUCGGAUGCUUGAUUUGCACUCUCUAUUUAGCAUACAGGCAGCAGCUCAAGAUCUGGCUGUACAACCAUAAUUGGUGCCUCUGGUGGGUGUCUGAGGAGGAGCUGGAUAAGGACAAGCUCUACGAUGCCUUCAUCUCGUACUCGCACAAAGAUGAGGAGCUGAUUACGAAACUUUUGCCCAAACUGGAGACCGGACCGCAUGCGUUCCGGGUUUGCUUGCACAGUCGGGACUGGCUGGUGGGCGAUUGUAUUCCGGAACAGAUUGUACGCACCGUGGAGGACUCGAAGCGUAUAUUAAUCAUACUUUCGCAACAUUUUAUCGAGUCUGUCUGGGCACGCAUGGAAUUCCGUAUUGCCUAUCAGGCUACACUUCGCGACAAGCGUAAAAGAAUUAUCAUAAUACUGUACAAGGAGCUGGAGAACUUCGAGGGCAUUGACAGUGAAUUGCGUGCAUAUCUAAAGCUCAACACCUAUCUUAAAUGGGGGGAUCCUUUGUUUUGGAGCAAGCUGCGGUACGCCAUGCCGCACAAUCGCCGAGUGCUCAAGGGACAAACUAAGCGCCCAGCACCGUUGGUCUAACGACAAUUUUUAUUUUAAGUUUGCGCCUAGUUUUUAAGUCACAUUAAAAGCAUGUUUGAAGAUUUGUCAGACCCACCAACUAUUUAUAUUGUUGAUAAAGAAGUCGAGUAGGACUGUUGACAAAGCUAUUUAAAGAAAUUGAUUUAAAAAAGAACUUUGAUAUUAUUGUAUCAAAUAUGGACAAAGUACCGAUAAUAGCGAUGUAGACACGUUAUAUCAACAGUGUUAAUAUCGAGUCCGACUGUUCGCCUGUGCACUUGUAUUUUGAAAAGUCCCGAACACUGAAGGGCUAUACAGGAUAAUAAUGUUUGAUAUUGUUUUAAGUAUAAAUAAAUCUGUCUCUAUUAAAACAUU